AUGAAUCCAGUAUCACCACCAUCGACUCGAGGGCUACUUCAUGAUAUACCGGUAGAAUCCGACAACGAUGAAUAUGGAAGCGGUUCAGCAGAUCGAGAAUUGAUAGAGGGAGAUUUCACGUUUCGAGCAGUCGCUGUAGGACUCGGAGUGGGUGUGAUACUGUGUAUGACAAAUAUCUACUUUGGACUGCAAACAGGAUGGGUGUCUAUGAUGUCGCUUCAAUCUGCUCUUCUCGGGUUCGCCAUAUUCAAGCUCCUUCCCCACCUUCCCUCGCUUUUCCCGGCUUCGCGUCCACUCACACCACAAGAGAACGUCGUACUCCAGACAACAGCCGUUGCAACAGGUACAAUGCCUCUGGCAGCAGGAUUAGUGGGAAUCAUACCAGCUUUAGAGAUGUUGACUAUCAAAGAAGAUGGCAGGGAACCCAUUAAGCUUGGGUAUGGAAGUCUGGUAGCUUGGUGUCUAGCCGUAGCUUUCUUUGGUGUUUUUCUAGCUGCUCCAUUGAGACGUCAAGUUAUAGUAAAAGAAAAGCUGGUGUUCCCCUCUGGCACUGCAACCGCUCAACUUAUCUCUCUUCUUCACAAAAUCCCACCUCCUUCAAAAGCACUCAAGCCUUCUUCCACCGCAUAUAGACGUCUUCCUCGAACAUCUCGAUCAGUCUCACCUCCGGAGAGAACAGUGACAGAGGAAGCUGCCAUUGAUAGGUAUGAUGCGGUCGAAAAGGAUAGUGAAGUGAUGAAGGGUUCUGGGUGGUGGGCUUUAGGGUGGAGCUUUUUCGCAAGUGGAUCCUUGACAGUUUUGAGUUUCUUGUUCCCUAUAAUCUUCGCCAUCCCCAUCUUCGAUGUUUGCAGUGCACCGUUUGGGGCAAGCGCAGCGGCGACUUGGAUGUGGUGGUUUACACCUUCGCUGUCUUACGUCGGACAAGGUAUCAUCAUGGGUCUUGCCGUCACUGUGUCGAUGAACAUAGGUAUGCUAGUUGGCUGGGCAGUACUAUCUCCCCUUUCAAAGCAUUUGGGUUGGGCACCGGGACCUGUGGGUUCGACUACUGAAGGAGCGAGAGGAUGGAUUCUUUGGGUAGCACUGGCUAUUAUGAUAGCGGAAUCUAUCAUUUCCUUACUUCCGAUAACAAUAUCUUCCGCUUCAACACUUAUUCGACACUAUCGUCAGCGAUCUACCGGUCCUCGGAUAUUUCAACCCUCCUCUUCACCUCGAUCAUCGAAUGUCACAGAUGACGAUUACUAUGAUCCGCUUGACGAGAACGAAGACGAUGAUCCAGAGGUUGAGCCUCCUGAGAGAUUGGUCCCUAUGAGCUGGAUCAAGGUUGGACUGGUGUCAAGUUCCAUAUUGGGUGUAGGACUAGUAUGGGCUGUAUUCGGGAAAGACGGUAUCCAUCCAUGGGCGACUGCUUUAGGGCUUGUUCUAGCCAGUAUGUUAAGUCUGAUCGGUGUAAGGGCUCUAGGCGAAACGGAUCUGAACCCUGUCUCGGGUAUCGGCAAGAUCAGUCAGCUGCUGUUCGCAGUCCUGCAACCAGGAAAUGUGGUGGCAAAUAUUAUCGCUGGUGGAGUAGCAGAAGCGGGUGCUCAGCAAGCUGGUGAUCUCAUGCAAGACCUCAAAACAGGUCAUCUCCUUCGAGCUUCGCCAAGAAGUCAAUUCUACGGUCAGAUGAUUGGUUCUUUAGCAAGUGUUUUCGUUUCUACCGCAGGGUAUAAAUUUUACACUUCUACUUACCAAAUUCCCGGACCUCAAUUUGCUGUCCCUUCUGCUGGUAUCUGGUUGAAUUUGGCGAGAUUGCUAAAUAAUGGUCAUUUACCAUUACACGUGAUUCCAUUUAUGAUUUCAUUCGGACUUAUCUUCGCUAUCAUAUCAGCAAUCAAAGCAUUCAAGAAAUAUCUUCCACCUUACAGAUGGAUCGAUUAUCUUCCUUCUGGAAUCGCAUUCGCAGUUGGAUUCCUGAACUCGCCAUCAUUCUCAAUAGCUCGAUUGAUAGGUGGAUAUAUAGCUUAUAGAAGUGCUAAAAAUUCAAGAAAUGGUGAAACUCCUUUACUCGCUAUAGUGGUAGCGAGUGGCUUUGUCCUAGGAGAGGGUGUUUUGAGUAUAGUAACUCUGACAAUGGCAAGUGCCGGAAUGAAAGCUGUUAGUUGUUAUGGAUGUGAGAUUGGUGGUGGUGGAUAUUGUUCAGGAGGUUGUUAG